AUGCCGAUGACGCUGGAGCAAUGGUACCGCCAGAUGCCGAUCGUGACGCGGUCGUACCUCACGCUGUCGUUCCUCACCACCGCGGGAUGCGCGUUGGAGCUCAUCUCCCCGUUCAGCGUGUACUACAACAGCCAUCUGAUCUUCCGAAAGUACCAGCUCUGGAGGCUCUUCACCAACUUCUUCUUCUUCGGGUCGCUCGGGAUGGACUUCGUGUUUCACAUGUUCUUCCUCUCGCGGUACUGCCGCUUACUCGAGGAAGGGACGUUCCGAGGUAGAAGCGCGGACUUCUUCACCAUGCUCGUGUUCGGCGGGUGUCUGCUCUCCUUCGCGGCGCCGUUCGUGAACAUCCAAUUCCUCGGCUCGAGCCUCACGUUCAUGAUGGUCUACGUCUGGGGCCGAAGGAACUCGUACGUGAACAUGUCCUUCCUCGGGCUCUUCUCGUUCACCGCGCCGUAUCUCCCGUGGGUGUUGCUCAUCUUCAGCGUCAUGCUCGGGAGCUCGCCGGUGGUCGACCUCCUCGGCAUGGGCGCCGGCCACGCGUAUUACUUCCUCGAAGACGUCUACCCGACGAUGACGAACCGGCGGAUCUUACGCACGCCGCGCGCGUUGAAGUGGGCGUUC